AAGCAGUUCAGAGCCUAGAGGCGUUCGAAAAUGUGGAAGUUGUGUACGUUACUCAUACUUUUUGUUGGCAUUUGUCAAGCUAACCCACUCCGGAAAGAAUUUCUUUCAUACCGAUUACCCAAUACAACCAUUCCAACGCACUACAGUUUGUACCUGGACACCAAUGUGCACAUUGGGGAAUUCGAAUACACCGGAAGCGUCCAAAUCAGCAUCACGAUACUCGAGAGGACUCAGCAGAUUGUUCUUCACAGUGUACGCAGUGUGAUCAAUCGCUUGGAACUUCGUAACAGCAAUCAACUGGCAGUUGCCCUUAAUGAACAUGAGUUUGACGACGAAAAAGAGUUUUUAAUCGUGAACGUCAAGGAACCAUUGGUUGCUGGAACGAACUAUGUGCUGGAUAUUGAUUUCACGAACUCGCUGGAUCGCGCCGAUAAGGCUGGAUUUUAUCGUUCGUCUUAUGAGACAGCCGACGGUGAGACCAGGCAUUUGGGAGUGACCCAGUUUGAGCCAUGUGACGCGCGAUCGGCUUUUCCCUGCUAUGAUGAACCCGGCAUCAAGACCACAUAUGAUAUCAAAAUUGCGUGUGGAGUAGAGUACACCGCAAAAGCUAAUUCACCGGCUCUAGGGGUAACUAUUCUAUCGGAUGGUAAAAAACUCACCACGUUCGAGAGAACACCAAGAAUGCAAUCAUAUCUGAUAGCAUUCCUAGUUUCGGAUUAUAUCUCUGAACGCCAAGUUGUGAGAGAACCAAAACAGCUGGCCGUUUCGACCAUUGCGCGCCCAACGGCUGCGGAUCAGUUAACAUAUUCGGUUGAUGCAUCCGUUCGAUUUCUGCACGAAUUGGAAACGUACUUCGACUACACUUACGCCAUGUCUAAGAUCGAUAAUGUAGCUGUUAUAGAUAGUGACUUUUCCGCUGGAGCAAUGGAAAAUUGGGGUUUGGUAACCUAUAGGGAGUCUACAAUCCUUUUCGAUCCAGAGUCUCAUGGCGAAUCUAGACAGUUAAGUGUAGUAGGAAUUGUUGGUCAUGAAUAUACCCACCAAUUUUUCGGGAACUUGUUGGCUCCCAAGUGGUGGUCAUACCUUUGGCUUAACGAAGGAUUCGCACGGUUAUACCAAUACUACGUGUCGGAAUUUAGUCAUCCAGAGCUAGGAAUGAGAGAAAGAUUCGCAUCGGAACGUGAGACUGCGUUAAGCACAGAUGGCAGACCAGGAGUGCGUCCCAUGACGUAUUACGUGGAAACUCCAAGAGAAAUAAGUCAACUCUUCGACAACAUUGCCUAUGCCAAAUCUGCCAGUGUUCUACGUAUGUUCAGUUAUGCUUUCACAGAAGCUACAUUCCAGAAAGGGUUACAAUAUUACAUUAAACAAAACAAGGACAAUGGAGUGGUAGACGAUCAAGACUUGUUCGACAGCAUAGCACAAGCUGUUCAAGAAGACGGCAGGCUGCCUCCUGGCACCACUGUGCAUGAACUGUUCGGAUCGUGGUCCAAUCAGCCUGGCGCGCCUCUGGUUAAUGUUGCACGUAUCGGAGAUACGAAUUUGUUUUUAUUGAGCCAGGAGCGAUUUUAUAAUGAACCACAGGAUAAUCCCGACUCGCAAUCAUGGUGGAUUCCGAUUUCUUACUUUACACCUAGCAGUAACGGUAUUUAUAACUCUACUGCUGCUUUCUGGUUGGCACCAGAUGAUGAGGAAACAGAUUAUCAGAUAGAACUACUAGAGGGUGACUUUGUGGUAUUCAAUCCACUCGCCAGAGGGUACUAUCGGGUGAAUUACGACGUACAGACGUGGGAAACUAUCAUCUACAAUCUUUACGAGAACAUCGGCUCCAUCGACAAAUUAUCGCGUUCGCAGCUAAUUGAUGAUUCUAUGAACCUAGCCCAUGCUGGUCGAUUAGAUUACUACAUCGCUUUUAAAUUAUUCGACUAUCUACAAUAUGAGGUCGAUUAUGUACCGUGGGCAACAGCAAACACUAAUCUAAAGUUUUUGAAACGAAUGUUGCGAAACGACUUGGAAGCACUGAAAAACCUAGAAAAAUACGCGGUUCAUCUUACUUCGAACAUUCUUUCAGUUUAUGGCUAUGACGCCCGUGCGGGUGAGUCGGCCAAUGUCGAAGAUGUGCGCUUGAUUGCUUUGGAGUGGGCUUGCCAAUCUGAUACACAAUGUCAAAAACAAGCUGCAGCACAGUUUUACAAUAUGAGUAAGAAGAUGGCUUUCUCCGUUAAUUCCAAAGCGGAACAGCUCAUCGCAUGUAGCAGGAUUCGCGAUAUUAGUUAUAAUGAUUUUGUCAACUUGUUGGAGUCCUGCAAAAACACACAUGAUUAUGUAAAACGUGGCUAUCUGUUGGAAGCCCUAGCUUGCACUCGAGAUGAAUUCACGCUCCAGCGGUACUUGGAUGAUAUCGUAACGAACAGUUUCGGAAGAAACGAGAAACUUCAAGCUCUACAAGCAAUUUACCAAACGUCAUAUGAAGGCAUGCAAGCGGCGAUGGGACUACUUUACACCUCAUCGAGUCUCAUAGAGGAGAUCAAAUUGAACCGGCGAGAGUUCUAUACCUUACUGGAGGACCUGGCUGAUUACGUGAUCGAACCUUUAGCAGCUGACCAGUUGAUAAGUAUUGUUCAAAGGGAGGCACCCGAGAAGCUACUAACAAUUCGAGACAAGCUACAAUUUAACCAAAAUUGGAUCCGAAGAAACGCUGUGAUCGUAUCGGAAAUGCUGACAAUGCCAUCGGAGAUAAUCAUGAGCGAUUGAUUUCUCUCUAAUAAAAUAUUCAUCUGUACAGAAAAGAAAAAUAAUAGCAAGGGUGAAAUCACACACACACCAAUAACUUGAAACUUUCCUCAAUAAUUAAAAUGUUCCGGCAGUAAUUUUAUCAGUCUCGUUGACUAACUUUAAAUUGCGGCUUGAUUUCGCUGACAACGGCAGCGUCAUUGGCCGCCAGAAACAAAACGGAUAAUUAAUUUUGUACUGAAUGAUACGUUUUUUUCUCUAUUUUUUUUUUUUGCUUGAAUAUCUCGCAUUUAGCAUGAACAGAUUGGCAUGGGUCCGACCACCGUAGGCAUAUAAAAGCGGCACUCAUUCCGCACAGUUUAUUCAUGAUUAAUUAUUCUGUGGGUUAACAAGCUGUUUGCUCUGGGAGACGAGCGGUGAAGAAACACGGUCUGGUAGGGAUGAGUUCUUCUGCCAGGAUGGCAAUUGAAAGUCGAUCGUUUUAUUUAUUACUGGUUACGUUAUUGUAUAUAGUGAAUUUGAGUGAAUUUAAUCACCUAUUGUUUGUAUUUAAAAUACUAUUAAAAAAAACAAUGAAAUCGAGAUUUCUCACAAAUCAGAAAAUUUUGUAAGACGCACGAAUAAUAGGAAAAAAAUUCAUCGUAA